AUGAGGUGCACUGAGGAGUCCAGGAGCUUCCUGGAAACCCCUCGGCUCAAUCUGGAUGUGUCUGAGUUUUCUGUGAAAGGACCAGCUGAGCCCAUCAAUGUCCUGCUAGGGGAAGAUGCCACCCUGCCUUGCCAGCUGUCCCCUGAGCAGAGUGCAGCCCAGAUGCAUAUCCGGUGGUACCGAGUCCAGCUCUCCCCUGCUGUGCUCGUGUACCAGAAUGGACAGGAACAAGGCGGGGAGCAAAUGCUGGAGUACCGCGGAAGGAUGGAGUUGGUGGGGGACUCCAUCCACAAGGGGGCUGUGGCCCUGCUACACGUCCGUGCCUCUGACAAUGGCCAGUACCAGUGUCAUUUUGAGGAUGGUCACAUGUCCCAAGAGGCCAUUGUGGAGCUGCAUGUUACAGGUUUGGGCUCUGCCCCUCUUGUUCACAUGAUGGGGCCUGAGGAUGGCGGGAUCCGAGUGCUGUGCUCCUCAGGUGGCUGGUUCCCAAAACCCGGGGUGCAGUGGAGCGACACGGCGGGAGUGAAGCUACCAUCCUUCUCUGAGUCUCAAACCCAAGAUGGAGAUGGGCUCUUCCAUGUGGAGGCAUCUCUUGUGGUCACAGACAGCUCCCUGGGCAAUGUGACCUGCUCAAUCCAGAAUCCCUUGUCUGGCCGAGAAAAAGUGUCAGCCAUCUUCCUUCCAGAGCCUUUCUUCCCCAGGACGUGUCCAUGGAAGGCAGCCCUGGCUGGGACACUCCCUGUGCUGGGGCUCCUCCUCAUCGGGAUCAGCUACACUGGCUGGAGAGAACAUCAAGCCAAAGAGAGAGAAGUAAAGAAAAGGAAGAAAGAAUCUCACGAAAGAGAGCAGAUGAGGAAGGAAAAGGAAAUGGCGCUUACUGCCAAAGCAAACCUCAAGGCAGAGCUUGAGUGGCGAAAGGCAUUAUAUGAUGAAGAUUGGAAGAAGGCCCUGCUAUAUCCUGACUGGAGGAAGGAACAGUUCCAGCCUGUAGUUGUGACUCUAAAUCAUGAAAUCUUUCACCAGAACAAUUCUGACCCAGGGAGAAAAGAGAACUUAAGGGACGGAACACAGGAUCUAUCUCUUAGUAAUAAGCAAGAAGACUGCAACCUUAUCACACUUAAUCAGGAAAACUUCACUUCAGGGAAACAUUAUUGGGAGAUGGAUGUUGAGGACACUGAGGAGUGGACUUUAGGCAUUUAUGAGGAGCCCACAGAGAAGAUCAAAGAUCUCCAAAAGAAGACAUUCAGAGUCUUAGAGAAGAAGGGAUGUGAAUACAGGGCUCUUGCCUGUUGUCUCCAAGACAUUUCUCUAGAAAAGACUCUCCUGAUAGAAAAGUGUCCACAAAAGAUUGUGAUUUUCUUGGAUUAUGAGGACAGUGACAUUUCUUUCUACAACAUGACUAAUGGUACCCACAUUUUCUCCUUCACCCAGGCAAGAUUCUCUGGGUCUCUCUAUCCUUACUUCAAAUUUAAAUCUAUGGAAAUCUCUUCAUCCUCACAAUAUUAAGUAACUUAGAGGAAGUACCUAUACCAUGAAGACAGUAGCCCAUUCUUUGUAAACCGUAGGACUUCAGUCCUGAUGGGUGGCCUCAG